UUGGAAUGUUUGUUAUAAAGAGACGUUAAAACAACUAUAGUUAUAUGAAGGAUGAGGUAUGAUGAUAGCAAUAUAUGUAACUGUGAUGUAAAAUAUGUAACUUGAUAUGAAUCAUAGAUGAUGACUCUGGAAGGGAUGCACGAAGUUCUUUGUAACCAAUUGACACACUUUCUACAAUUGUAAUGGAAGAUGAUUUUAAGGUGUUUGUGUAUUAAAAAAUAAUAUAUAUAAAACCAAUUUUUAGACUUAUCCUAAACUAGGAAGAGACCAGCUUUUUUGUUGCAUCCAUCAAGAAGAGAAAGAAAAGCAAGGGUUUUGAGAGACAAAGAGAGUUAGGGAGAUACAGAGAUAUAGAUUCAAUUAAUAUUUAUUUUAUUUUUGUUUGAUCCCCUUAAAUAAAUGUUAACUCCUGGAAACUGUCUGGACUAAUCACCACAAUUUUCUUGAUAAGAUUUUUUGGAAGUAUUUGCUAUCAUCAUUGAAUUUGCUAGAGCUGACAGACUCACUAGUCCAAGGCCAUCCUGCUGAUUUUCUAUCUAAAGUAGGUCUAGAAACAAUUGUCCCAGUUUAUUAUGAUACCUUAACUGCUACACCCAACUGGUACUUUCAAUAUUUAGACAGUGGCAUUUUCCUCUUACCCAUUUUUUUCAGCUAUUGCACAAAUGCAUCAUGGCAAUAUGUUUCUGCCAGGUCCUCACAAUGUUGUUUCAUCUUCUCCCUAAUUCAUUAGUAAUUUGUCUUAAUACGUCUUCACAAUUGAUAUUUAAAGAAAUAUUUUCUCUCAGGUUCAAUCAGUAUCUAGGGGAAGCCUCCAGAAGUACAAAAUCAUUAUCCACCUGUCUGGGGUGAAUGUAGGAAGACAAUGACUGGGAACAAAGGCAUUGGAGCAGUAAUCUAUAAAAGGAUUUUUUAAAAUGUUUUUUACACAUCACAUGUCUGAAACUCCGAGAACAUCUCUACAUCCCUUAGGCAUGAAAGCUAACCACGUGAUUUUGGGCCGGUCCCUGUUGCUCAGCCAACCUACCUUACAGGGUUGUAGGUGGGAGGAGUAUGAAGUAUGUUUGCUACCUUGAAUUAUAUGUGCAAACUCUAAAAUUUCCAUAAGCAUUCUGUUUUCUAUGGGUUGGGCAAAAACGCCGGUAAUCAAAAUCAAAACAAUUUUCUAAUAGCCAAGAACCAUGCAUUACGCUCCGUAGUUCCGCGGAGGAGUAAAGAAUCGCCAGAGGAAUUCUGACUACUCAGAUCUCGUUUCGCUAGCCAAGAAAAGUCGAAUGGCGUGCCAAAUAAUUGAUGCGAUUACUGGAAGAAAGCAAGGCGAAACCCCGCCUCUUUGAGAAUAGCCAAUAGUAACCGCAGCCUUAGCAGAAUCUGGGCGGUGUUGACGGAACCUUCCUUUUGUUACUGCAUUGAGAAUCCAUAGAAAGAGACGGGAAGACCGAAGCAAGUAUUCAGAACUUUGAAAUGAGCCCGAAGCGAUCCGAGCAUGUCUGGGGCUGUUUCCUGCUUCUUAAUUAAAAAAAUAAGUGAUUUGAUUCAGAAGAAUUUUGUUCUACAAUCAUGACUGAAGAAAAGAAUCUGGGGGUGUCUCAGAGUGCCUUGUCACAUUCAAGAAGUACUAGCAGCUGUUCUUCUAAACAAGGAAGUCGGCAGGACAGCUGGGAAAUCAUAGAAGGACUUCGUGGAGUCAUGAGUUGCACCCAGGAACCUCAGAAGCAGGAAGGCUAUUUGCUGAAAAAAAGGAAAUGGCCUCUGAAAGGCUGGCAUAAGAGAUGGUUCUUUCUGGACAAAGGAAUUUUGAAAUACGCUAAGAACCCAGCCGAUACAGAGAAAGGGAAGUUGCAUGGAUGUAUAGAUGUUGGCCUUUCGGUGAUGUCUGUGAAGAAAUCAACUAAAUGCAUAGAUUUGGAUACUGAGGAACACAUUUAUCAUUUGAAGGCAAAAUCUCAGGAAGUAUUUGAUGAAUGGGUAGCAAAACUGCGUCAUCAUAGAAUGUAUCGUCAAAAUGAAAUUUCCAUGUUUCCAUAUGAUAUCAACAAUCAUUUCUUCUCAGCCUCAACAUCUAUAGCAGAUUCAGUAACUGGUCUUUUGGAAUCAACAGCAAACAAAAAGAGAGGCAGCAUGACACAGCAAAAUUCAGUGCAGGCGGGAAGUUCUAUUUCAUUCCCUUGUUUAAAUGAAUCAAGAAUUCCAACUUGUUUGAAGUCAUCUGAAGAUAUGGAAAGAUGUUCAAAAGACCUCUCCCAUUGUCAGAACUAUCUCCUGGAGAUGACCCAGCUUUUACAAAGCAUGGAAGUUCUCCAUAGGACAUAUUCGGCACCUGCCAUAAAUAUUCAGCAAGGUCUCCUUUUUGAAAGUCCCAAAAAAGAAAAAAGAACACACCGAAGAUGGCGUUCUAGAGCUCUUGGUAAAGAUGCUAAAGGGAUGUUGCAGGUACCAGCUGUUCUUUCUGCUCCACUAAGGCUGCAUGCUUCAAAUCCUAAUUUAUCUACAUUAGAUUAUGGGGAUGAAAAAAUGUAUUCAAAUGGUUCUGAGGUGACAUCAGAAUUUUCUAAAUUGCAAGAGGACUUGUGUCACAUAGCUCACAAAGUGUACUUUACCUUAAAGUCAGCUUUUAGUACGAUUUCAACAGAAAAAGAGAAGCUGAAGCAGAUGUUUGACCAUGAUUCACUCGCAUCUCCAUCUGCUCAGAUAAUUGGACUGAAGAAUGCCUUAUCAUCUGCCAUAGCACAAAACACAGAUCUUAAAGAACGGUUAUGCAGAAUACAUGCCGAAUCUAUGCUCCUUGAUUCAGCUGCUAAUGCAAAUUCGAACCCAGAUUUUGUAAAGGAAAGUUCUGAACAUCAAAAUAGGAGUUUGGUUCACCAAAUAUCCAAUGAAAGCAGACUAUCAAUAACAGAUUCACUCACUGAAUUUUUUGAUGCACAGGAAGUUCUACUGUCUGCCAGUUCUUCAGAAAAUGAGGUAUCUGAUGAUGAUUCAUAUGCCAGUGAUAUAAGUGAUAAUAUUUCCGAAGACAACCUAAGUAACGACAUAGAGAAUGAAAGGCAAACACUUGAUUGUGCCCCAGACGGUAUUGUGGAAUGCUAUACAAGGCGGAGGACACGUCUACCAGCCCCAUGCCCCAAUACAAGUAAUAUCAGCCUCUGGAACAUUCUACGGAAUAAUAUAGGAAAAGAUCUCUCCAAGGUGUCAAUGCCUGUUGGGCUGAAUGAACCUUUGAACACUUUGCAGAAGCUUUGUGAGGAACUGGAAUAUAGUGAAUUGCUAGAUAAGGCAGCAUUCACACCUAAUCCUUUUGAAAGGAUGGUUUAUGUGGCUGCUUUUGCAGUCUCUGCCUACGCAUCUAGCUACUACAGAGCUGGAAGUAAGCCAUUCAAUCCUGUGCUUGGAGAAACCUAUGAAUGUAUCCGUGAAGAUAAGGGUUUCCGAUUUUUUUCUGAACAGGUCAGUCAUCACCCAGCUAUAUCUGCAUGUCAUGCUGAAUCUGAUAACUUUAUAUUUUGGCAAGAUAUCAGAUGGAAAAAUAAAUUCUGGGGAAAAUCCAUUGAAAUAGUACCAAUUGGCACAACACAUGUAAUUUUGCCAGGUUUUAAGGACCAUUAUGAAUGGAAUAAAGUAACAUCUUGCAUUCAUAAUAUUUUAAAUGGACAACGAUGGAUAGAACACUAUGGAGAGAUUAUAAUCAAGAAUCUGAAUGAUGAUAGCUGUCACUGCAAGCUUACUUUUGUAAAGACUAAAUAUUGGAAUCGCAGUGUUCAUGAUAUUGAAGGCAAUGUUUUAGACAAAAAUGGAAAAGUAGUACAUCGACUUUUUGGAAAAUGGCAUGAAAAUAUUUAUUGCGGAACACCAUCUUCACCAAACUGUAUCUGGAGAGCAAAUCCAAUGCCUAAAGACUAUGAACAAUGGUAUGGUUUCACACAGUUUGCAUUAGAAAUAAAUGAAUUUGAGUCCAUCAGUAGACCACUGUUACCACCUACUGAUACCCGAUUUAGGCCAGAUCAAAGGUUCUUAGAAGAAGGAAAUAUUGAAGGGGCAGAAAUACAAAAACAAAGAAUUGAAGAGCUGCAGAGAGCACGGAGGAAAGUUCUAGAAGAAAGCAAUAUAGAACAUCAUCCUAGAUUUUUCAGGAAAUCUGCAGAUGACUCUUGGGUAAGCAAUGGAACUUAUCUGGAACUUAGAAAAAACCCUGGAUUUUCCAUGCUGGAUAAUCCUGUGUUGUGGUGAAA